UUCGCUUUUGCAACUUUCCAUUCGUGUACUCUACCUUCCACUUGGUGGUCUUGGUAUCACCACAAUAGGGUAACUUCGAGAGAUGUAUAACUACAUGGUCCCAACAGACCGCUAAGAUUCGCGCCGUUGCAUCCCUCCCCAAAGUCGACAGACUGCAAAUCCACUAAGCGAAGAGUAUUCCGCCUAUCUAAAGCCCAGCAUCGGCAGUGGUUGCCUCUUUCCCUUUGGGCCCUGCAUCACCAUGUUCUCAAGCGACCACACAGCCCUUGAUGCUAUUCAUUUCUGCCCCUCGCAUGUUGUAGAAAUAAUUUCAAAUAAGCCCCAGCACAACCAAUCAAAUCGUCCAAUCUCGAUUGGUCUAGUGGUCAGGAUACCUGCUUGUCACGCAGGUGGCCGGGGUUCGAUUCCCCGAUCGAGAGCACUAGCAACAUCAUCCGGUGAACACACCGGGAUAUUCUUUUGCAUUUUUUGUACAGUUCCUUUUGCGAAAACAUCCUGCAUCUUCGUACAAGUCCAUGCUUUUGCGCAGUGUGAGCUGCUGGGGAGUUUUGCGUGAGAACCAAGAGAGGUUCACUCAGGGAAUGCUGUCGCUGCUUUAUGCACCUCGGAAAUCUUUAUUCGUCGUUGUCGACGGACACAGCAUCACCCUUCCCGCUUCCGCCUCCCCUCCGCGCCCACCAUCCCGAAAGCACCAAGAGCGCGGCCCCAAAAACAAGCACCGAGCCCCCAAACACCUGCGCAUACAGAUACUCCCCUCCCUGCCUGGCCUGCACCAACGCCCCGCCAAUCGGCGGCCCGACCAGCGUGGCCACCGA